AUGAAGAAUCGCGCUACCUGGCGGUCCAUGCUGUACCUGCAGAAGUCUGCAGUCCGCACAGCUGCGACGUCACUUCAGCUCAAAUUCCUUUCCCAGCGACCAUUGCAGCAGGUACCCCAGCAGCUGUCCCAGCAACCAUCUCAGAAGGUAUCCCAGCAACCCCCGGAGGUCUCCCCUCUCCCGUGGGUGGACUUCGCCGCUCCAGAUCCGACAAAAUCCUCGGGAAGACAGCGUAAAAUCACCUUUCUGUGCAACUCCUUCAACGGGCUGUCCCAGCGGCUGUACCUGGAGCUGAUAUCACGUGGCCAUCACGUGAUUGUCCAUGACAACCCACGUGGUGAGAAGAUGACAGAGGUGGUAGAGGCAGAUCAGCCGGACCUGGUGGUGUGCCCGUUCCUGACUCGCCGGGUCCCGCCCAGCCUGUAUAACAACCCGGCCCGACCCGUCCUCAUCGUACAUCCGGGCAUUCCGGGAGACGAGGGGCCGUCGUCCAUUGACUGGGCGCUAAAGGAGGGCGCCACCGAGUGGGGCGUGACGGUACUGCAGGCGGCGGAGACGAUGGACGGAGGAGACAUUUGGGCCACCUGUAAGUUUACUAUCAACCGCCAGGCGACCAAAUCUAGCCUCUACGGAAAGGAAGUCACCCAGGCGGCGGUGGUCUCCGUUCUGCAGGCCAUUGAUGCCUGGGAGCGAGACGUGCCGCCGAUACCUCUUGAUUAUAAGCACCCAGAGGUGAAAGGUGAGCUGAAGCGGAAGCUGACGGCUGAGGACCGGCAGGUGGACUGGACGCAGGCGGCGGAGGACGUGGCGAGGUCUGUGCGCGCCUGCGACUCCCAGCCGGGCGCGCUGGGCGUGCUCCGUCUGCCUGUACAAGGUCAGUAUCAUGUCCAGAACCUAGACUAUCUACGACUAGAGCAUGAGUUCGCGCUGUUUGGCGCAUGCGUGGAAGGUGACCCUGACCUGACACGGCGCGUGAAGAAAGACCAGGAGUUGCGCGUCGCCCCCGGUGACGUCAUCGGCAGGAGGAACGGCGCUGUCUUGGUGGCCUGUGGAGAGGACACCGCUGUCUGGAUCUCACAUCUUAAGACUUCCCCCAAGAAAACCAGUCUGAAACUUCCCGCCACGUCUGUCCUGCCUCCAGCUGACGUCACGCCCCUUCCCAUCAACCACUCCGACCCCCUUCCUUACAGCACCAGGCCUAAGACGUUCCAGGACGUCUGGACGACGCGCCAAGAUGGCGUCUGUUACGUGCACUUCGACUUCUACAACGGCGCGAUGAGCACGGCCCAGUGUAAGCGGCUGGAGCAGAACUCCGAAUGUGCCGCCACCGAAUCCUGGGCUAACAUCACAGCCAUCGAUGACGUAGUUAAGGCGAUAUUCAGCAUACGCAGUAAGGUGACAGUAGCGGCACUACAGGGGAAUGCAGGAGCUGGUGGCGUCAUGAUGGCUCUUGCUGCAGACAAGGUUUGGAGCCACGCAGGCGUGGUGCUGAACCCACACUACCGCAAGAUGGCACUUUUCGGUUCCGAGUAUUGGACCUACUCCCUGCCUCGCAGGGUGGGAAGCCCCGCGGCAGAGGAACUGACCAAUGAGCUGCAGCCACUCCUGGCUACGAAAGCCCGUGAUAAGGGCAUGAUAGAUGACGUAAUCGGGUACAACGCGGAAGAGCUGAAUGCGCAGAUCCCGCAGAUGUGUCGGCGCCUGCAGGCCAACUCUCGCGAGAUUCUCCGAGAGAAGAAAUCAGAGACGACGUCACUCUGGUCCACCCUGGAGGAGCAUCGUCAUGAGGAACUGGCGCGCAUGUGGAAAUGUUUCCACGACGAGGAGUACCAUGACAGAAGGCACAACUUUGUGUACCACUAG